CAAUCUAGAGCUCUGCCAUUAGAUGGCAGGAAUCCAAACCCCAUUAAUAAUUCUAUAAAUUUUAGUUCAUCUCCCCUCGGCGGCGGAAAUGGUCAGCCACGGCAAGAUAACUUCUUUCCGCCAAUGACAAACCAACCAACUCCUCACCGCAUGCAUCGCGGCGAGAUUCCUUCCACUACUCAAAUGGAAGGGAUACCCAAUGUGGGGGUUGGAGAAAUUCCCCCACGUGGUGAGAAUUUGGGAGUUACACAUUCUGCUCCAGUGGAACCGUCACCCAUACCCAUACCAGUGGCAAAGCCCUAUACGGUGCCUACUUACAUGGGAGGGGGAGUAGGCUUAGGUGGGGGAGAUCAAGUUCCUCCGAGAGCAUACCCAACACCCAUGCCACCCCAUUUCAAUGGGCAUGGCAUGGACCCCAUGGGUUUCGUACCCCAAGGGGGGUAA